AUGACUGCUAUACUGGGUGGCGGCUUAGGAGGCCUGUCUACUGGUUACUAUUUACUUAAAAAUAAUAUGAAUAGUAACAACAAUCUAAAGUUAUUUCUCUUAGAAGCGACAAACUACUGCGGUGGAUGGAUCAAAUCUAUCCGAACUAAAGACUACGUGUUUGAACAAGGACCAAGAACUAUUAGGCCUAAAGGACUAACUGGAUUGAAUACCUUGAACAUGAUGCAAGAUCUUGGUCUCAGCGAGCACAUUGCGCCUAUCAAAUCGGACCACCCGGCGGCUAACAUCAGAAUGAUAUAUGUACGUAACAACUUACAUACUCUACCUUCGAAUUUAAUGAGUGUCUUCACAAAGAGCCAGCCAUUUUCCAAGCCUUUAAUUUACGCUCUGUUCAACGAUAUUAAAUCCCCAUAUAAAAUAUUACCAGACGAUUCAAUAUAUAAUUUUGUAGAAAGACGUUUUGGUAAAGAAAUUGCCGACUAUGCUAUAUCUCCAAUGAUAUGCGGGAUUUGUGCUGGUGAUGCGAAGGAAAUAUCUGUUAAGUUCUUGAUGAAAACAUUAUUUGAAUAUGAACAAAAUCAUGGCGGAGUAAUCAAAGGCUUAUUCAAGUCCUUUUUAAAACCAAAAUCUGAUGCUGAUCUUGAUCUUAGUGAGCUUGCAAAAAAGGCGCAAGAAGAAAAAUGGAAUGUUUACACUAUCAAGGGAGGCUUGGAAACAUUUCCAGAUACUUUACAGAACCAUUUGAUUGAAAACAAUGUGAAUGUCAGUCUUAAUACAAAAGUUAAUGAAAUUGAGUUCGUAGAUUCAAGCUCUGUAAUACUGAAGCAAGCUAAUGGAGAAACUCACACAGCCAAUCAUGUCUACUCAUCUAUACCGGCUUAUGCUCUUGCUAAUUUAGUGAAGAAGCAACAUCCUAGAUUGGCUCAGACACUAAGCGACAUUCCAUUUGUUACUGUAGGCAUUGUCAACUUAUAUUUUGACAACGAUGAACCUCUUAUUCAACCUGCAUUUGGGUUCCUCGUGCCACCAAUUGAAAACUCGCCUAUCCUUGGGGUAGUGUUUGAUUCUUGUUGUAUACCUGAUCAAAAGGGAACAGUGUUGACUGUCAUGCUUGGUGGUAAAUGGUAUAAGGAAAAGUUUGGAGACAAUGCCACUGAGAAGAUGUUGUUAGAAGUGGCUUUGAAGGAAAUUGUGAAGAUAUUGGACAUAAAAAUUGAUCCUACUGCUUAUCAUGUGAACAUUCUGAAACAAUGUAUACCUCAGUAUGUGAUAGGACACUAUGAGAGAGUGGCAAAGAUUAGGGAGUACAUUGCCUCAAAUAAUUUACCAAUAUCUCUGGUUGGGUGUAGUUACGAUGGUGUAGGUAUAAAUGAUGUCAUAUAUUCAGCUAAGCAACAGGUUGAAGAAAAUCCAUGUCUACAGGGUUAA